UUCUACCGUUUGCCACGACACCUUCGAUUUUUUCAUUGAGCUUCGUGCUUUCGGCCACCCUUAGCUAGUAGGGGCAAUGCUACACUAACGUACACGCUUGGAGACGGCAGAAAAAACAAAAAAUAUAAUUAAUAAGGAUGCCUGCACAUUGUGCUGCGAUCGGUUGCACACAACGUCGUACUGUCGAAUCAAAGAAACAGGGAAUAACCUUUCAUAAAUUUCCCCGAGACGAUGAGAUGAGGAGACUGUGGGAAGAAGCUAUGAGGAGGAAAGAUUUUACUGCAAGUGAUGAAUCUGUGCUCUGCAGUCAACAUUUUAGAAGUUAUGACUUUGACAAAACUGGGCAGAUUUGCCGGAUUAGAACUGGAGUCAUUCCAUCUUUGUUCAACUUUCCGGAUCGUCCUCGACAAAUACCACAUGAAGAAAAAAGUACCAUAAGAACCACAAAAACUUCACUCAAAGCUCAGGAGGGUCUACCAUUACCCAUUCCUCAGAAAGUCAUCAAAAAGAAACCCCGGUUCAAUGUUGCCCUUGACCACAACUAUUCAUUGCCCAGUUCUCCUGCUGCUUUAAAGGCCAAGUUCAGCGCGGCUGCAGCCAGAUUAUGGAGCUUGGAGAAGCAGAAGAGAAAUGCGCUUGUGCGAGAACGAAGGGCAAGGACCACUCUCAUGGCUGUACUGCAUAAGUCACUUUGUGAGCCUUGUGUCUGAGUCGAGAAAAGCUCCGUUCAGCAUUCAUAUUUUGACCCACCCCCUCCAGUAAUGGUGGGUUGCUGAUUCCCUAAGAUGGCACUCUUCAUGUAAUGAGAGGUGACGAUGGCAGCACCUUGGGAGAAUACUGCAGAAGUCUGUGGUCCCACAUUUUGUUCAAGAGACUGUCACAAAGGAUGUAUUUAAACUCAGGGGAGCCCAUCAGUGAAACUGUAGAGCAGUGAUUCCCAAGCACAGUUUAUACAUUGGUUUGCUUUCAUGUUCCGUUUGUUUGAUCGUGCCAGUGCUUGGCAGAAUGUUAAAUGUUCCACUCGAAAUAAAUUGGGUGAACUGAGAUGAAAUCAUGUUUUUUAGUGUACCACUUUAAUACUUGACAUUGUUUUGUGGUGUGCCAUGAGCGUUUGUAAAAAUGUAAAAUAUGUGCGUUGGCU